ACACGGCCAAGCCGGCGCUGGUGCUUGGCUGGCUCCUCGCGGCGGCGCGCACGCAAGGCCGACGCCGGGGCCCCGGAGCCUCCGGGAUCUCAGGGAGCCGCGGAUGCUGCGCGGGGGGCCAUGUGGAGCGCACUGGCGCCCGGCGCUCGCGCUGGCGCUGCUCGGGCUGGCGACGAUUCUGGGCGCGUCCCCGACGUCUGGGCAACGCUGGCCGGUGCCCUACAAGCGCUUCUCUUUCCGUCCGAAGACAGAUCCCUACUGUCAAGCUAAGUAUACUUUCUGUCCUACCGGCUCGCCCAUCCCAGUUAUGAAGGACAAUGACGUCAUCGAGGUCUUACGACUACAAGCCCCGAUUUGGGAAUUUAAAUAUGGAGACCUCCUGGGACACUUUAAACUUAUGCAUGACGCCGUGGGAUUCAGGAGCACACUGACAGGCAAGAACUACACAAUUGAGUGGUAUGAACUUUUCCAGCUGGGCAACUGUACAUUUCCCCACCUCCGGCCUGACAAGAGCGCUCCCUUCUGGUGUAACCAAGGGGCAGCCUGCUUUUUUGAAGGAAUAGAUGAUAAACACUGGAAGGAAAACGGGACACUGUCAGUCGUUGCAACCAUAUCCGGAAACACAUUUAACAAAGUGGCCGAGUGGGUGAAGCAGGACAAUGAAACUGGGAUUUAUUAUGAGACAUGGACGGUCCGAGCCGGCCCAGGACAAGGGGCCCAGACGUGGUUCGAGUCCUACGACUGUUCGAAUUUUGUCUUAAGGACAUAUAAGAAAUUGGCUGAAUUUGGAACAGAAUUCAAGAAGAUAGAAACAAACUAUACGAAAAUAUUUCUUUACAGUGGAGAGCCUAUUUACCUGGGAAAUGAAACAUCUAUUUUUGGGCCCAAAGGAAACAAGACUCUUGCUUUGGCCAUAAAAAAAUUUUAUGGCCCCUUCAGACCGUAUUUGUCAACCAAAGAUUUUCUGAUGAAUUUCUUGAAAAUUUUUGAUACAGUGAUUAUACACAGACAGUUCUACUUGUUUUAUAACUUUGAGUAUUGGUUUCUACCAAUGAAACCCCCCUUUGUCAAAAUAACAUACGAAGAAACCCCGUUACCUACCCGACAUACAACAUUUACCGACUUGUGACAACUUCCACUCUGCUGCUCUCCAGACAGCAGCAUCCAUGUUCUUCCAGGGCUGUGUCUACAGUGGUGUCUUUAUUCACCUUCCCUCCCUGGGGCUCACUGUUGGAAGUGCAGUAUCUGGACAUUUCAAGACUCUUGCAGAGUAGCAGAAACCGUAAUUGUACUGGCCAAAGUGAAUGGGUUGUAAUCGUUAUUUGAGAAUUACUCCAUCUCAGCUAUGGAGAGCCUUUGAUCCCAAGGUAGCAUUUUUCUCGGGCUACUUUUUCUGUUACAGUAGUGCUGUUUCGUAGUUUAAGGGUUUUUUUUUGGGGGGGGGGUCAUCUAAAGAAUUGCUGUUUUUAUAGUUAUUACCGCCUUAGGUUCCAGGUCUAUUUUCUAUUCACAAGGUUUUAAAACCUUGUUUGGACUCUGUUACUGGAAUAGUGCCUCUAGCCAUGGCAAAUACAGAAAAAUUUUUGGCUAGCUGGCUGUUGUGACAGAAGCAAUUUAACAUCUCUAGAUUUAUGUCCUUACCUCUAAAGUGAUUCAUCUACCAGGAGUAUGUAGAUUGGGGGCACCUAUGUAGGCACAGGAAGGCACACGGAGUGCAUAUACGGUGUCCACUGGGACUAAAAGAACACAAACUGCCAUCCUUGAAUUUGCCUGACGUACGUACAGGCCAUCCAUUCCUGGGUAAUUGCUGAGACUUUGAGCUGGCACAGUACACAUUGCUUCUUUAGUACAGGCCAUGGAAGCUUCUGGCUCCAGACAUGGCUAGGUGAAGUGUCCUUCUGACUUCCUGUGCAUGUCCUCUGGUUUCUCUCCCACCAUCAUCAGAGAGAGCACACUUUCCUGGAAAGGACAGAAGUUUGUCAAGGGCCUUUGUUAGCUUGCUAUGUUGCUUUUAGGGGCAUUAGACAGGCUAUCAAGCUCCUGUAUUUUGAUCAGUUGAACUCAUUUUGUUUUCCUAUCUAACACUAGCAUAAUAAUGGAAAAGUCUUUUAAUAUAGAAACAUGCCAGUUAUUAAUUUCCUAAUUUACUAAUAGCUGGCUGCUUCUUGAGACAUCAGUACACUACUGUGUCUUAAGAAGUCUCAUCUACGUAUCUGCUGGCCCAGAUGUCAGGGCUUAGCAAGAUAAAGUGACCUGGAAUUAGGUUCUCACUCAGGAUACACUGGAGGCUUUCCAGCACUCUUCAGAUUGUGGCCUUUAGACCGGUAUCUGUGCACCAAAUGUUACCAGUCUGUGUUAUUGUUCAGUCUAAUAAAAAACAUAAACAAAACAAAAAAAAUAAACUCAAGAAAAAAACCA